GCCAUUCAGUAACUGGAUACUGCCUGGUGCUGUGGUGGAGGCUAUCGUAAGGCCCUGGUUUUCGCGUUGUGACUCUGCAGGGAAAUUACUGAAUCUACAGAUAUAUGCAGUGAAUAAGAGCAUAAUAAAUUAAAAAACGAAAAAACUGAGAAAUUUGCUCGCUGGGAGGUUCUCGAUUGGCCCCUGUUAGCACGGUGCCAAAGGUGCGAACGCUGAAUGGAGUCUUCGCAGACUUCGCAGCAAUGUGACACCAGGCAGUACGAGCAAUUCGGGAAGCACUGCUACUUGGUUGCCAACUAUCCCGAAGUGUCCUGGGCCACAGCCCAAAGAGUCUGCAGUGAAUCUCAAGCCAUGCUUGCAGCUGUACGCACUGCCGAUCAGGAAUCCUUUCUGCGAUCUCUUGUGGUGACGUCGGUAGCUCGCAACGGCUUCACGUCCACGAGUUCGUGGUACUGGGUGGGUGGUUGGAAGAGUGCCACGCAUUAUUCGGACGCUGGAUCUUGGCUGGACGCAGGUGAUUCGGAGGAAGCGGACUUGGAUUCCAAUAGCAGAGACCUUCUGGUACAGCGUUACUCGGGCGCGGAAAAUUUUAACAAAGCUGCCAAGAGUCUCCUGUGUUUGGCGUUACAGUGGCGGCCUCACAAUAACGCUACUGAACUACAGUGGACCUGGAAGCCGUGCGAACAUUCAGGCCGUUACAUCUGCCAGAAAAGCGCUUUCACCCUGCCUACCGAUAUGAAUUCUACAUUCACUGCUCAGAAAGGGACCGUGACGUCUGUCAACUUUCCUGCUCAUUACCCAAAUGAGUUGCACUACUCCGUGUCUAUCGUCGGUCCACCCGGAUCCCGAGUCUUCCUCAGUUUUUCCCGCAUAGACUUGGAGUGGCAAGCAGGUUGUCUCUACGAUUAUCUGGAACUUGGAAGCCCCGAGAGCUCUUCUCCACCCGUACGCAUCUGUGGACAGCAUGAGCUUGAUCUCGACAGGUACGACUACUUCUCAGGGUCCAACGAGAUGCAUCUGACCUUCCACUCAGACUACUCUAUUGCUGGUGCGGGCUUCUCUGCUACCUGGGAGGUUCUGGACGCCGCCAGUGCCUGUGGCGAGGAACCGCUGACUCUGACAGCCAGCGCUGUUAACCUUAUGUGGCUCUCAUCUCCGAGGUUUCCUUCAACUUAUCCAACCAAUCUGCAUUGCCAGUAUAUUCUGAAAUCAGAAUCCCCCGAGCUUCGAGUUCUAGUGACAGUCGUCGAGUUCGACGUUGGUGGUCCAACUGGAAUUGAUGCAGCUGGAAACCGUGGCUGCGCUAACGACUUUCUCAAUGCCUCUCUGGGAGCCUCGUCUGGAGAAGGCCGUGUUGUAUCGCUGUGCGGCGGGAACCAGACAUUGCAACCGGGGUUUCAGUUACUCUCUUAUGGAGACAUGCUCACACUGGAUUUCUCCUCUGCACCUCAUCGAACCAGAAGGAAUCGGGGCUUCAACAUCACGUAUCAAGCUUGGAACGAAGCGUCUUUGGAAACGGUGCUGCGCCUUACGGAACGUUCCCGAGGUUUCCUUCGCAGCCUGAACCAUCCUCAUAGGCCCCCCAAAGGCAUCAACUACGCCAUUCGCCUUGUGGCCCCUUUGAGGUAUCGUAUCGAACUUGGUAUUCUCAACGGAACAGCUGUCAAGAAAAUGGCACCAGAAGCUUUCAUCACGGUUAGAGAUCCCUAUCGUAGACCUGAACGGCCGUUUGAGAUCCUUAGCUCGCCUCUCAUGCUGGAAGCGGUUAACGUCACAGCGACAUCCACACUCCACGUCUUCUGGUUCUCGUACGCCGCAACCGUGGGUCCUUUCGAAGCAUCGUACAUCGUGCGAAAAGAUUCAUCAUUUUCGAAGACGACGUCCAUUCUCUUGGAUGCGUCACUGGACUCCUGCUUUCCCAACUUCUGCUACGAUAGCGCUGCUUGCAUCAAACACAUGGGAAAGAUUGUGUGCGACUGUAAGCCCCCAACCGCAGGCUUAUUUUGCCACGUGACUGUAUGCGACGUGGGAGAACCAUGCAGCCGGCAAGGGAACUGUUCGGUGUCUCCAGCGGGUACUGUGGAGUGUUCCUGCAGACCAGGAUUCUUUGGUUCCGAUUGUUCGUUGAGAACGUCUCCGUGCGAAGGCAGUCCGUGUGGCAGCCACGGCCGCUGCGUCGCCGUCAACGGCACUUACGUUUGCCAUUGCAACAUUUUCUUUGAAGGAUCACGUUGCGAGAAGCAAGUGUUCCGCAUACCCUACCGUCCACUCAGCCAGCGGAUGCUGGAGGAACCAUUUUGGUUGGGUCUCAUCACCGUUUCAGCAGUCCUCCUGCUCAUCCUGCUGGUUUACUGCAUCAAACGGAAGUUCGCCGACAAGAUUGAGAAAUUCCUCGCCGAAGAAAUCGAGCGAAGCAAAAACAAUCCGUCGCCUCCCGCGACACGUUACAGCCUAAGUUCCACCCGGCCGAGCCUGACGCCCGCAAGUCUGAGUCCCCAGCCCUGCCAGCGAUCUUUGCUCAGCCGCAUUCGGCGUCACAGUGUUCGUAGCGGUCAAGGCGGCUCCAGCCCAUCAGACAAGGACCAAGCCGCUUUCAGUUUUGACGAUCUCCUCAAGCGCUCUUCUCAGUCUUCAGGGUCCAAGAAGCAUUCUACUAACUCUAGUGACAGCGAAAACCCUCCACCCAGUAUCGCAACUGCCUCCCUUCCUAAGGAAAAGGAUCCAGAAACAUCGCGAAUCUUAGCCUCAUUGGUCACCUCCACCAAGUCUCCUGGCAAGAGGAGGAUGAGCCUCGAUGAGUUCAUCAAGCUGAGCGAGCGCAAGAUCCAUAGUAUCAAGCGCGAGGAAACUCCUGGAGACAUCUCUGACGUCUCAGUGGCCAGCGAGGGAAGCGUGGAGACGAGCUUCAUGCAGAGACUCACGGCCAACGAGUUUCACUCAAUCAAGGAGCAAUCCUUCGAGCAGAAUUCAUCUUCUGAUAGCUUGAGCGCAGGGCCGAAGACAAGCGAGGUUCAGGUGGAGGUGACUCCCGCGCCUGAGUCCCCUUCCAAAACAACAAGCUGUGCUGACGCCGAGAAUGCUAUUAGGGAGGAGAAAGGUUGUGCCGAGUCGGUUGCGGGAGACACGUGUGCAAAAAGACCUGUUUCACCGCACCCUCUGUUGGAACAGCAGUCCAGUGAAGAUAGCAGCCGAUCCAAAGAAGUGACACCAAGAACUCCGUCUCCAUUGCCGCAUGCAAGUACGACAUCAGAGCCCUCUGUAUCAGUGCCAAAAGUAGAAGGGAGUAUAUCACCAAAGCACAACACAGGGGACGCUAAGGAGGCUUUUCUUGAUCUCUUGCAAAAAACUAUGCUUGCUGCCUCACCCACUGGAUUUCUCAAGCCCCACGAAAAACAAGAACCAACUCAGAUAACCAUGAUGAGUCUUCCUAAAACUGGAAGCGUAUCGAAACCAAAAGCCGCAGACCUAAGUAUGCCACGUAAAUACUCCGUCGAGCUGCCGAUGCCCAAGAUCCUUAUCACGGCCAACAUGAGCUCGUGCGAGUCUGAAGAAGCACCCAGCCCUCCCCGAACACCCAACCCCAGCACAAAGACAAUGAACUACCUGAGUCCUCUGACCAUUAUGUGCUCCUCGGCCGACAGGACUAUCUCAGAAUCCAAUCUUAGCACUUCAGGCUACUCCUCAUUGUCCAGUCCCGGGCUUUCGAGGUGCAACUCAACUAGUCCUAUCGCCGAUGAGCUGGAGAAUACGGGCCAGCACGCACGACGUAAGGAAUACUUCGCUUCCCCUCAGAAAUGCCACUCGCUAUCUCCAAAUCACCAAGCAUGCAAAACCUUCCAGUUCCCUGCAACACAGGCAUACCCAUGUCUUGACGCCCACAGACCAACGUCACCGUUAUUACAAAAGCGGCGAUCAUCUGUCGGGGGCCCCUUAUGCCCAUCGUCUCUCAAGGAUCGCGUGGGCCUAAAGGGCAAGUAUCGCUCCGCAGCAUCUAGACACAACUAUCAGACCACGAGCACAGAGGACUCCGUCGAUGAUGAGGGAAUAGGCAUCGACAUCGCGGAAAUUAAGUUUGGCAAAUCCUGUAUUCGGGGCGGCGGUUCUGUAGACAUAAUUCUGGACACGGGAAAGUUCGACAUACCAGAGCGAGACAUAUCUCGGGACACCUCACCGUUCAGCAAGAGCAUGAGUCUGGAAAGCCCGCGUUGUUCGAAUAGGAAAGGGGACAAAUAUCGUAAAACUGAGAAGCAUCGGCGGCUCACCCCGGGCAACUCUCCGGGUCUCUCACCUAGUGCGGAAUCACUCCCUGCCGAGCUGGGCACGGGAUCAACCGAAUUGAAGCUGUCCCGUAACCCGUCCAAAUCCAGCAUGGCCAGCGCGACACAAGCCCCGUCCAGCUCGGACACGGAUGACGCGGAGGUACGUCCUCAACGGAGACCCUGCAAGAAGCCUGACUCGCGAAGUUCCGGAAAGGGCUCUGCGGGCGGGGAUAGUCGCGCUGUGUCGCCUUCGUUCGUGUGCCGGUCGUCGUCGUCAUCGGAUUCUCUCCCCUCAACCAAUGACGACGUCGUGGGCACAGACUGCUCAUCGACGGACAAUGGCCCAGAUAGCCGGCCCCCCUACUCAGAGCUUGCCAUUGUCAUUGAUCCAGGGCCACGCCAGAGAGCCCGCUAUGGGGCACAGACUAUCGAACUUUACCCGUGCCUACCCAAUCCUCGACUUCGUGUGCACCCGCCUUCACCUGUGCCACCCCCUGAGAGGCGCGAAGAAAGCACCAACACUCCCCGAUUUUUCCACUGCAAGAGAAAUGUGCCAGCCCUCAAGCUCAUUUCCCCUGAGGGAAGUACAUUUAAAAGUCUCAGCAGCAGUGGGGAAAGCUCCGCAAAAGAACUCUCUCCCAAACCCAUCAGAAGGUAUUCAUUCAGUCCCCCGUCCGGAACCUCACAGCCUACAGGUGAAAGUGAUGUCAGAAGUGCAGCUUCACAAGCACAGUCACAUCAUCAGAUGCUGCGACGACAAGAAGCACUCAUAGAGGACGAUGGCAGCGAUGAAUCCAUCAGCGAGACGACCGUGUUGCUGCCGCGUGUUCAGCAGGACUCUGCCAGAGAUACCCUGAUCGCUGAUGAAUCCUUGUGUGACGCGCUGGAUGAACUCUACGAUACCUCUUCAGGCGUCAUCUGAAGAAUAAACCUCAUGGGCUGCGCCGAGAGGGGACAUACGCUCAAGUGUGCUGGGACAAAUGCGACAAUCUCAUCUGGAAAAGAGUGUGCUAGUGACUCCUUUUUCUUGUAGGAUACAGCUCGUCACUGGUAAGGUAUGCCAGUAAGUGGUACUGACCAGAAGGUAUCUGAUUCUGCGGGUGCAGGGCAAAGUCCUAGGGUCCAUAUACAGGGUGCUUUUUGUAUUCGAUACAUAUUUUUUAUUAAAAAGCUAUCAGAGCUGCACAGAUGCCGUUUCUGCAGGCGGGUUAUACGACCAGGCGGACAUUCUGUCCAAGAGAGUAUGACGAAUUAUCUGACAUUCAUUAAUUAACUUUUUAACGAGAGUUUUCGGGGAAAUGUGUGAUAACAGAAGUGGAGCCAGGGAUUGUUUAAAGCCACCCUAUUUAAAAAAAAAAAAAAGUGAAUCGGCACGUGCUUUCAUUUAUCAUCGCCAAAUUUUGCUAUGCGAAUGAACCGAAACCAAGCGCAUCAGGAGUUCAAGAAGGACAGGACCUAUCACAUUCGGCGGCUUAUUUGAGCCGCGAAGCGGUUUAUCUGGUCAGCAGAUCAGUGCCUACUCCUAUCAGCUCCAUCAUUCCAAAGCACGUGAUCCUCCGACGUCAAAUGGGCGUUGUUCUCCUCAGGCUCGAGAGGCGCUUGUUUCGGUUUCGGCUCAUUUGCAUAACAAGUUUGGUGAUGAACACUUGAACCUGCUUUCUCGUUUCAGGAUUUUUAAAAAAUAAGGUGGCUUUGAGUAAUGACUGGCUCCAAUUCACUCUCUCACAUGUCCCCCAAAA